CACACCACUCGAUUUCUUGCCAUCCAUUGAAGCCCAAGGUUUACCGUCCAAUACCUCACAAUUUAUUGCUUGCGACAAUUUUGGGCUGAGCCAAAAAGAGACCCGGUGAAUAUAUCUCAAUGGUAGUUGAUAGAUCAUGGCCCCUACUGCAAAUAGAACCCUCGACGGCCACAAGCUACUAGUGCUCCUCGGAGUAACAGGACCGCCAAAGUCGCUACUUGGCACGGUAUUCCGACUCGAGUGGAUAGCAGAGCUUAAAGAUCUGUUUCCUGGCCUGGAAAUUGUCACUGUCAGAGACGUAGCAUGGAAUACGCCAUCAUUCCAGAAGAAAUUCCCGGAUGAAGAGUGGAAGGAUGUCACUAUCCUCGUCACCGGGAGUGCAUUGCCAACAGCGGACAUUGCUCCAAAGCUGGAGUAUGUGCAACUUCAGAGUGCUGGUGCGAACCAUGUUCUCGAUCAUCCUCUGAUACGAGAAACAAAUGUCGCUCUCUGUACAGCUAGUGGUGUGCAUGGGCCACAGAUAGCUGAGUGGGUAGUAACAACAUUUUUAGCCUUCCAACAUCAAAUUACUCGAUACGUUGAUAUCCAGCGCCAAAGCCGGUGGCAGAAGUUGGCAGAGCCCGUGAAUGACGCGGUUCAACAGCGAGUUGGCAUUCUUGGGUACGGCGCCGUCGGUCGCCAGGUAGCUCGAGUCUUGAAAGCAUUAGGCAUGGAUGUCUACGCGUGUACUUUACACCCGCGUCUCUCGCCUGAGUCGCGCAGAGAUGAGACUUAUACGCCAGCAGGCCUCGGUGACCCUGAAGGCAUCUUGCCUAGCAAAUGGUUCUCGGCUGAGAAUACCGAAGGCUUACAUGGGUUUCUGAGCUCCGGCCUCGAUCUACUUGUCAUUACUCUUCCAUUGACACGGAACACGCGGGGUCUCAUCUCACGAAGCGAAUUAGCUUUGCUUGCUAAACAGAAGACAUUUGUUUCAAAUGUCGGCCGGGGAGAGAUCAUCAAAACAGAUGACUUGAUUGACGCGCUUGAAGACGGCGUAAUCCGCGGAGCUGCACUUGAUGUGACAGAUCCUGAACCAUUACCAGAUGGCCACCGUUUGUGGAGCACGAAGAAUCUGUUCAUUUCACCGCACGUCAGUGGAGAUUCUAGUGCUUACGCCCAAAGGGUAUAUGAGGUCCUCAAGUAUAACCUCGUUCGGCUCAGUGAAGGAAGAGAGCUCACGAACAAAGUGAACAGAAAUGAAGGAUAUUAAAGAGCUCUAUGCGAUACAUGCCGGGUCCAUCACUUCCUUAUGUAUAUAUCGGACAUUGGCUUUUUCUAUGGCCGACGCUAUGCUGUUCACUAUUGAAAACAAAGCGUACUUCAAUCAGCUGGCGCAGCCUUUUUAAAAGGCCGAUUCCUAGGCUACCUAUCCCGAUAACUGAGGGCUUGAUAAUAACUAAGCUCUUUCGCAAACUCUUUCGAGAAACAUACUACGGUAAAACUAACUACUGUACUCUGGUUGG